CGCCACGGGAGCAGCGUGGUGUAUUGGGCUGCGUGUGACAAGUCGUAUAAUCGCUUUAACAUGUUUUUGUCGCUAGGGAAACCCAAAAGUCGCUGGAUCUAGCGACAAAAUCGCUAAGUUGGCAACACUGCCUGCAGCUCCCAGAUAUGUAUUUCUGUCUAGUCCUCUGUGUCUGUAUCUCUCUCGCUCUCGCGUUUCCAUCAGCAGCCUUCCCAAAAUCCCCUUUCAGAUCCCAUCCAUUUUAGUGAUGACGUUGCACUGGUCUGUGGACGAGAGUUAAGCAGCCUCUCGGGUGGUUUCAUUCACACAUUCCUCGUUUAGCAAACCUAGCGCUGAAGCCAACAUAGGACAGCUUUCGCUUCAGCGUCUGUCAGACAAACAUUUUGAAAGGAGGAAAGGAACGCGUUGAACAAGCCCGACAAAAACAAACAAAAAAAAAGAUUGGUUUCUAUUUGUUUAAUCUAUUGUUACAGUCUGUGUCGAAUAUCACUAAUAGCCGUGUUUUGUUUUUUCUGACGAGUAUGUUGUCAAAUUGACCCCCCUCCCCUUUUGUUGUACAUUUAUCUCUCCUUCCCUCCGUGUCUAUCGGUUUCAGUGUUAAAAUGGAAGCGAGGUGGCAGGAUAUAGCGGCUCAGCAUGCCGAUGUGAUAUCUAGCCGUCUACGAGAGCUGUUGUCCACUGGUCUGGACCUGCUGCACUCCAAACUCGGGGUGGACCUGGGGCUGAAGCCCGAACAGUACCCGUCCUGGGUUCUGUUGCUGACGGCCUUCAUCGGGUUGCUGGUGAUCGUGGUCGUGUGGGCCGCGGCCUGCGUUGGGCUUUGCGCUGGGAGAAAGCGGGGGGCCAGAGCCAGCGACACUGGGAGCCAAGCCACAAAAACAUCGACAACCAAGAGUGGAAAAGGAGAAGAGCAAAAGAAAAAGAACAAGAAAAAAACUGUUGAAAAGAAACCUCAAAAUGGAUGCACAAUAUUUGAACAGCAAGAAGAUGAUGUAAAAACUACCAGUGAGAUUUUGAAACAAUCAGAAAUGAAAGUUGAGAAGCAAACCAAGAAAUCCAAGAAGAUAAAAGCAGGAGUAAAACAAGCACUGCAUAUCUCUUCUGGUGGAAAAGAACCUGAGGAUGGUGCAUGGGAAACUAAGAUCAGUAACCGGGAGAAGAAGCAGCAGCGAAGGAGAGACAAAGUGGCUGAGGAUUCCAGUCUUCCUGAAACACAAGCAGUUGUUGCUGCAGAACACCCCACAUCACUUACCCCAGUUCCAGUUGGUCUUUGGAAGAUCAAAGGGGAACCUGUUCGUAUGAAGCCAAGAAAAGGAGAGGCCAUAAUAUCUCAGGUGUCAGCCAGCUGGAAUGAAGCCCCUGCAAUGAAUGGAGGCGGGUGGAAUGACAUGGCUAUGAAACUUCCCACUCAGAUGUCUGGAGGAGAUGGCGAGACCUGGACAACGAUCACAAAAGCUGCUGCCAAAAGAAACCCAGAGCCGGCUUGGGGUUUGGAACUAGAAGGUACUGGAGAAGCAGGUCCUCGGACUACAAUUGCUGAUUUGCAGUUGGAAAGCAGCCAUGCAAAAAUUGACGAUCAGUGGUCUGGCACAAAUGGACUUUCAACAGUAGAUCCCAGCUCUGACUGGAAUGCUCCUGCUGAAGAGUGGGGAAACUGGGAUGAGCAGAAAGCCUUGCCACCUCCUCAGCCUGAGGGGCCAGCUACAGAGGUUCAGAAGGUAUCGGAUGAUGAGAAAGAAAAGGUGGACCCUGCUGCUGCUGCAAGUGGAAAAUCAAAAAAGAAAAAAAAGAAAAAGAAACAAGGAGAGGAUGGCAGUGCUCCUGUCCAGGAAACUGGGGAGCCAGAAAAGACUUCAUCUGAAUUAGAGGUGGCCAACUCUGAGCCUGAAAUGGCUCUGUCUGAAGAGGCUGCACCUGCUAGCGAACCAGUUAAGGUUGAGCUGAAGGUGGAGCGACCAGACCCAGUCAUGACCAAGCUACCUGUAACUGUACUGGACAGUACUUCUAAGAAUAUCGCUUCACAAGUGCCACAGAGGCUACUUGAGCCAGACCCUCCAGUUUUCACUACUAAACAAAGCAACGUGCCUCCACUUUCACAGACAAAAUCUGAAGAGAACUGGGAGUCACCAAAGCAAGUUCAAAAGAAGAAGAAAGCAAGAAGGGAAACAUGAGUUUUACUAGAUUUAAGUUUAAGAAUAUGCAAAAUGAUUUUGAAGAAAUUCAUGUUUAUGCAAUAAUUUGAAAGUGUACAGAAUUUUAUACAAAUUGACUGUACAUUUAAAAAAAAAUCUAAACUGAACAGACAUGGUCUUGAUUAGCUAAAUUGCAUAUAAAAGCAAGUAACUGUAGUGUGCAUCUAAACAGUGCUGCAGUGUUUUGAAUAUAUAUGUGGCAUAAGGAAGGAUGAAUAAUUGUAUAAAUCCAUAUUUACAUGGUUAAUCUCAUUAAUUUGAGAUACGGUUGGCCACAGGGUUAGAAAUUUUUUUAAUGCAUAUAAUGUCAAGAAAGGGCAGUUUUCCAACUGUUAGGCAUUGCGUCACAUAUUGCACCUGGUUUGGCAAUCCAGAAAUUAAUGGUAUUCCAGUAACUAAUGUUUCUGAAUGCAAAUGGCUAAAUGUAUAGCUAGCAUCUAGUAACUGGCUAUGUAUAGUGCUUGGUUACUGAGCUAAACGCAUUACUGUUUUGCUGCUUGUUUUUCUAGUGGUUUACCAAUAGGUACCAUUACAUACCAUGCUUACAAUCUAAUCAUUUUGCUUUUCCCUGAACUUAGUUUAGAUAUCCUCCCAUCUCGCCAACCUGGUCCAUUUCAUUGAUUAAAACGAUGUAGUUUAAUGUUUGUUUUAUAAUUUUUGGAAAAAGCCAAGCCAUAUGUAAGUUAAAGGCCUGUUUGAUUUAAGAAUACAGUGGGUCUGCUAUAGAAUAUACAAUUCUUUUAGUUGUGAGUUUUAUUCACAAGACCAUUUUAGAAUGUUUUUUUUUUUUUUUGCGUGUGGGGUAGUUCGGGUCAAGUACAGUAUCAGGAAUUAAAUUCUAUUGCCUUAAUCGGUAGUAUGUAGUGUAUGCAUUUAAGAGAUCAUCUAAGUUUUUUUUGUUUUAUUUUGUUUUUUGUAUAAAGAAUUUAUUAAAAAAAAAUAAAUAAAUAAAUAAAAAAUUGGUGGGGGGGGGGGUGUUUAUCUCCAGCUCGAUAUGAACUAAAUUGAAAUUGAUGGACACUGAUACAUUAAAAUGGACUGGCAGGUUUUUUUUUUGUUUGUUUGUUUUGUUUUUUUCCAAACCUAGUGCAUGCUGUGACAUGAACACUGUAAAUAGCCUUUACCAAACUUGUAUGCUUCCAAUAUGGAACAUAAACACCAUCACCAAUCUAAGGUUAUACCUGUUGCUAUAUUCAGGAUAUUCAUUCUGAGGUUUUAAAAUGCUUUGUUAGGGAGGGAGGGAAUCAACAUGUAAGAUCUGUGCAAGUGUCCUGUAACUACGUUUAAUGCAGUUUUGUCAGUGUGUACGGCAUGGGAGUAAUCUUGUGUAAGCUUCAGAAAACCUGCCUUAUUAACUAUCUUGUUUUCUUUUCCUAAUGAAUAAUUAUGACUAAAUUUAAGCAGAUGUAUUUAUACCUGUUCUGGGACAUGGCAACCAAUUGUUUAAAGGUUUGCUAAAUGCAAUUAUAUUUCUAAGUUGAUUUGUUUAAAUAAAUUGAGCAACUUGAUAAUA